AUGAACCGGCAUCACGCCUUCUCGAAUGGCUAUGCUGCCUACCCCCGCGGCAAAGCCAGUCACAACAACACCUUUUCAAUUUCCCCCCACCGCUUUCAACCGCGCCCACAACCGGCUUUGCGACGUCGAAGACAGCUCCUUCAACGACUCUGCCUUAUUGCCGCCAUUUCAACGCUGCUGUUGAUCCUCAUUUUCCCUUCAUUUCGAGCGUUAUUCCUCCCCGCAGUCUCGCUUGGCCUUGUUUCCUCCGCCGAAGAUUUACAAUUAGAAACAGUCCGAUACUAUGACUUGUCAAAAAUGCAGGGCAGUGGCAGUGGUUGGGAGCAUGGAGAACGGGUACUCAUGUGCACACCCUUGAGAGACGCUGCGUCUCACCUGCCAAUGUUCUUUUCGCAUCUUCGCAACCUUACGUACCCUCAUAACCUGAUAGACCUGGCGUUCUUGGUUUCGGAUUCCGAAGAUAAUACGAUGGAAAUGUUGUCAUCGAUGCUGGAUGACCUGCAGAACGACGCCGAUCCGAAGAUGUCGUUCGGAGAGAUUUCGGUUAUCCAGAAGGAUUUUGGUCAACAGGUCCAACAAGAUGUGGAGAGUAGACACGGAUUCGCCGCCCAGGCAAGUCGCAGAAAGCUGAUGGCUCAGGCACGGAACUGGUUGCUUAGCGCCACUCUGCGUCCGACGCAUAGCUGGGUUUACUGGAGAGAUGCGGACGUCUUGACGGCCCCCACAACUAUUCUGGAGGACCUUAUGAGACACGACAAGGAUGUUAUCGUUCCGAAUGUUUGGCGCCCCCUGCCAGAUUGGCUAGGUGGGGAACAACCGUACGAUCUGAACUCCUGGCAGGAGUCAGAAACCGCACUGGCCCUUGCCGAAACUCUGGACGAGGAUGCGGUCAUUGUGGAAGGUUAUGCUGAGUAUGCAACGUGGAGGCCUCACCUCGCCUAUCUGCGUGACCCAUACGGGGAUCCUGAUAUGGAAAUGGAGCUUGACGGCGUAGGAGGCGUCAGUAUUCUGGCGAAGGCCCGUGUCUUCCGGGCCGGAGUCCAUUUCCCGGCCUUCAGUUUUGAGAAGCAUGCCGAGACCGAAGGAUUCGGAAAGAUGGCGAGACGGAUGGGAUUUUCCGUCAUUGGCCUUCCGCACUACACGAUCUGGCAUCUUUAUGAGCCGAGCGUGGAUGACCUCCAACAUAUGGAGGAGAUGGAGCAGGAGCGACUGGAACGUGAGAGGGAAGAACAAGAACAGGCCGAGCGUGCUGAGCGGGUUCAAUCGCUGUUCAAGGACGCCAAGUCGCAGUGGGAUGUCGAUAGUGCAAACCUCCAAGACGCCAUUGAUAAGGAAGGGAAGAGCCAGGCGAGCGACUACUCGUCGUCAUCAUCGGAUGUCGAUAGUACGAAAGGCAGCGAAGAAGGUCCCGUGGCCCAGCCCGCUGCGAAAGAGCAGGAAGAGCCUACAAAUGAAAGAAAACAGGCGAAGCAAUAG